GACUUGCUUUUGCUGCUUUCUUCUUCUCUUCUUCUCUUCUGCAACUUUCCACUGCCUCUCUGCUGCGGCUUCUUCUCUCUUCCUACCAUCUUCUCAAACUCAUCUUCUUCCGGUUCUCAUUCGCUGCAUCCUCCCCUGCCGCGAGAACCCUGCAAAUCCUCCUCUCAGUUAAUACGAGAGUUUACAAUAUCUCAACCUCAUCCAUCUCUCCUCUCCUCCAUUCCCGGAACGGUGAAUCCCACCGGCUCGUGCGACAGAGCGCUAUAAGCUCUAUAUACAUCGAUCUAUCUCUAUCUACCUAUUUACUCAUAUCCACCACCAUGUCUAUGGACGCCAAAGAAAUCGAGCUCCGGGCCAAGGCCAUGACCAAGGCCGCCUCUUCCAACGAACCUCCCUCUACCAUCAUACCACUGCUCAAGCAGCUGCAACAAGGGGUGAAAGCCACCGAAGACCUGCUGCGAUCGACCCGUGUCGGUAUCGCCGUCAACAAACUUAAACA